UCAAUGGUUGCAUUCAUUCAAUCAUUUAUUUAUUUUAUUUUUAUUUUUAUUUUUGGCUUAAUGUUUGCUUAAAUGUAUCAAUUUUAUGAACGAAAAUUUAAAUGGCCAUCAAUAAUAAUGGUUUCAUAUUGUGUUGUGAUUAUAACUAUUUUGAUCUCAUUCAAAUCAAUAUCGACAAAAUCGAUACAAUCAUCUACAACACCGGUAAUCGAUGGAAAAUGGCAACCAUUGCUUAAUAUAAGUGAUGAUACUAUUCGACAAUUAUUUAUGCCAAGAUUAUUAAAUCUUACCGAAAUAGCUAAUGAAUGGAUGAAUGUAAGUAAAAAUUGUCGUCAUGAUAUUCGUGAAUCAUUGGCCGAAAUGUUUGAACCAUCAAGAAAUCGACAAACAUGGGCUUUUAAAAUGUUUGAUUCAUGGUCGAAAGUGCCGUCAAGUGGAAUGUUUCGUGGAACUAUUACUGAUUACGGUGAUUAUGAUCAAUGUCUAUCUAUUGACAAAUCAACAAUUCCUACACAAUAUUGUUUAGUAGAUUUCGCUAUGCCAAUGCCAAAACCACAGCCAAAACAUCAUAAUUUUUUUCAUAAAACUAUUGGUCUUUUACCUGAAAAUUUUCAACAUCAUAAUGGAUCAACCAUAUAUGAACAUUUGGAAAAAUAUUCAUCAAUAUUUUAUUAUACAAAUAUUGAGAUGGCUAUAUGUAUGCCAAACACUUGCAAUCAAAAUGAUCUUGAAACCAUUCUAAAAGAUGCUGAAAAAAUAGGUCUUGAAUUGAAAAAAUUAUCAUGUGAACAUCGACCAACCGAACGAUGGCGUCCAAAUUUACCACAAUUCAUUGCCAUUUUAAUGUUAAUUACAGUUUUUGUAUUGUCUAUCGUCGCUUUUAUCAAUGAUUGCAUACACGAUGGAAAAGACCGAAACGAAUUUAUUACAUGUUUUUCUCCGGCUCGAAAUUGUCGUAAACUAUUUACAACUAAAACAUCAUCGAGCGGAAAUGAUGAAUUAUCUUGUAUUCAUGGUUUACGUGUUCUUACCAUUUGCUGGAUCAUAAUGGGUCAUACACUCGAUUGGAAUAAUUUGAAUGUUUUCCGUGAUACAUUUCUUAUCAAAGAAAGUCUUUCCGAUUUGACAAAGCAACCUUUUUUUCGAACUCAUUUUUCAGUCGAAACAUUUUUCUACAUUACCGGGUUAUUAACAUCAUAUAUAACACUUGGAUAUACAAAAGGAAAACUUGAAAAUUUUAAUUCAAUUGCCUUUAUUGUUCUUCGUUAUCUUCGAUUGACACCACAACUGGUUGCAUUUAUGUUACUCACUAGUCUAUUGCCGAUUAUGUUUGAUGGUCCUCUUUGGACGAUGUACAAUGACCGAAUGAUUGGUCAAUGUCAUCGUACUUGGUGGCAUAACCUUAUUUACAUGCAAAACAUUAUUGAUAAUGAAAAUAUUUGUGCGAUUCAUACUUGGUUUCUUGCUGCCGACAUGCAAUUACAUUGGCUUGCAUUGUUUCCCAUCAUUGCUAUGCUUAAAAAUCCUCGAAUUGGAUUAAUUUUUGCUAAAUUUUUAGUUAUAUUUUUCACUUUAAUAAGUAGUCUAAUUAUUUACAUUGGUCAAUUACCACCAGGAUAUGUGGUGACAACUAAAAGCGAUUUUCUUGACGAACAAGGCAAACCAAGCGAAUUGGUACAAUUUUUUCAUAAACCAUGGAAUCAUUGUAAUGUUUUUUUCAUUGGAUUCAUUUUUGGUGCUUAUUUACAUAAAAAUCUUUCGGAAAUUUCCUGUAAAUUACAAAUGAAUAAGGGAAAGAAAAUAGCUUUAUGGAUGCUGGCUCUGUUUGGUUAUUUAUCAUGCAUCUAUUCGAAUAGCUUUUAUCUAUUUGGUCGUGAAUAUGAACCAUUUUUUUCUGCACUAAUUUUUGCUUCAAAUCGAUUAAUAUGGGCAUUAGUUUUGACAUUGGUCAUAUGGCUUUGUAUCACUGGCAAUGGAAUGUGGAUUGGACGGUUACUAUCAUGGUCAGCUGUACGACCAUUAUCAAGAAUGACAUUCUCUGUUUAUCUAGUCCAUGCAUGGACAUUUACAGUUUUGAUCGGUACUAAACGUGAUCUAAUCGACAUACGACCAACAGCGAUUAUAUUUUUAUUUGCUAGUAUGAUUUCCAUUUCAUAUGUAUUGGCAUUCAUAUUCACUUUAUUAUUUGAAUCACCAUUCAUACAUAUGAUGGAUUUUGCUAAAAAAUCUAUGCUUAUGCCAGCUAGUAAUAAAAUGAAAACAGUACCAACAAUUACAAAACAAAUGACAGAUAAUAACGAUAAAAUUCAUUAUGAACAACAAAAUUCUAAACAACAACAACAACAACAUUCUUCACUGUUGACUAGUGUUGAAUCGACCAACAUAUGAUGAAAAUUAAUCAAUGUGUGAUCAUUUUAUUUUAUUUUAUUUUAUUUUAUUUCAUUUCAUUUCA